UAUGUUGGUGCAUUGCAUCCAUGCAUGGAUAUCUUGGAGCAUUGUGCGAGGGCCACGCGGAACCCCUGCACACCAAGCAAGCAAAAAUUCCGCGAGGCAAAAGAUAUCGCCAGCCUAUGUUUGGACAUCCUACAACCAUGGCGAGCCCGUGGGCAGACCUUAAAAUGCCAUGGCCAUGCACGCCGGGCUAGCUCCCCUCUCAGGUUAAAUUGGACGUCCUUCCUAUAUAACUUCGACACACUCGGGAUGCGGAGGCCGUCAACCUGCAGCAUCCUCCCAUCGAGCCGUCGCCUCCUUCCUGCUCUCUCUCGGUCUUAAUUUGGCCUGCCCUCCCCGCGCGCGCACCGAUAAAUACACUCUCGACGAGGGCGGUCGAGAAGAGACCGAAAGGAGCAAGAAACAUGGCGCGGCUCUCCGUGACCACCACUGCCCUCCUCCUCGCCGCCGUCGCCUUCUUCAUCGCCGCCGAGGCCGCCGUCACCAAGGACUUCACCUUCGCCCGGGGCAUAAAGCUGCACAUCUCGAAGCAGGGCACGGCGACCGACCACAUCUUCGCCGGGGGCAGCAAGCUCUUCGUCGCGAGGCACGACGCGGCGCCCACCGACCAUGCCUUCGCCCGGGGCAGCAAGCUCUUCGUCGCGAGGCACGACGCGGCGCCGGCCGACCACGCCUCCGCCCGGGGCAGCAAGCUCGACGUCACGCAGAGCAAGAUCUCCAUCCCGAAGAAGAGGCUCGCCGUCUCGCAGAGCAAGCUCUUCGUCGCGAGGCACGACGCGGCGCCGGCCGACCACGCCUUGGCCCGGGGCAGCAAGCUCGACGUCACGCAGAGCAAGAUCAGCAUCCCGAAGAAGAGGCUCGCCGUCUCGCAGAGCAAGGCGGCCGUCCAGAAGAAGGGCUUCAUCUUCUUGGAAGGGCGCAAGCUGGCCGGCGGCGGCGCGUUGUCGGCGGACACGGCGGGCGCGGCCCCGGGGGCGGUGCAGGCGUGCGACCAGCUGGAGGCGUACCAGAGGGUGUGCCACACGCUGCUGCACCUGUCCGGGGUGACGACGGCGCGGGCGCUGAUGGAGACGGCGGUGCGGGUGGCGCUGGGGCGGGCGCGGGCGGCCAAGGUGACGUUCGACGCGGCCAAGGCGGCGUCCGGGGCGGGCAACCCGAUGGCGUCCAUCCUGGGGUCGUGCGAGCAGAACUACGACGACCUGGUGGACGCGCUGGAGGAGGUGAGCCGGGCGAUGCACAAGCCCGGCACCAGCAGCGAGAGCCUGGUGGAGAAGAUGACGGCGGCCAGCACCUACGCCGGCGACUGCGACAACUGGUACGAGGAGCGCGACGUCAAGUCGCCCUACGAGGUCAUGCAGCGCCACCUCGCCCAGAUGGUCUCCGUCGCCCUCGGCCUCGCCAACAAGAAGCUCUGAGCAAGCUUCGCCGUAUGCUCGCUAUGCUUUGCUGCGCGUGCUGAUUAAUGGACUCUUGUGUGUGAAGGGUGUGGUGUGCUGUAUGCCGUAUGCAUGCACUUGAUGCUACAGUAUAUACUAUGUGAUCAAGGUUUGAGGAGGUUUGUAGUGCUAGUGUAUGUACAAGUAUGCUAACACGGCAAGCAGGUUGACCUCAUUAAUCUAAAAUAUUUCAUUUCAAAUCAAA